CGCACCCUCCCCUCUCUUCCCUUCACUCUACCCGCACAUACACAUACAUCACAAUGGGUUUCUCAGACGGUGACACAAAGUCCGGAGCCAAGCUCUUCAAGACCAGGUGCGCUCAAUGCCACACCGUCGAGUCCGGUGGACCCAACAAGGUCGGUCCUAACUUGCACGGUCUCUUCGGCCGAAAGUCCGGUCAGGUCGAGGGCUUCUCUUACACAGCCGCCAACGUCAACAAGGGUGUCACUUGGGAGACCGACACACUCUUCGAGUACCUCGAGAACCCCAAGAAGUACAUUCCCGGCACAAAGAUGGCCUUCGCUGGUCUCAAGAAGGAGAAGGACCGCAACGACCUGAUUACCUGGCUCCGUGAGGAGACCAAGUAGAUUGGUCUUCAUCCCCCUUUCUCCCUCGGACAUAGAUUGGAUCAGGUGUUGAUGGCAGGGAGGGGCAGUGUACUCGCUUGGCUUGACGGGACGCAGGGAGGAUCUCGCAGAAAGGUCUUCAUCGAUACCAAUCAGGAGCUGCCACCCUAGAGAUUAUCACUCUUUUCCCCCCCUUCAUGCAAUGGUCUGUGCACAUCGCUCACUCUACCACCACUCUUAAUCCUUAUUACUCCCUUUGCUGUACGAGAGUCAGCCCUUUUGUUUACAUUGAUCAACAUCCAAGUAUCAUGCCUGGGAAAUUGCCUGCAGUUGAAUCAUGA